AUGGCCGCGGCUGACUUUUUCCAGUCAGACGCGAGACCGCCGUUUGAACAACACAACAGCUUAAAUGCUCCGCCUGGGCCACGAAGAUCGAGCUCUUCUCAGCCAGCAUUCGGACGAGAGUCCAUGCCACAGGGUCGCCCAAACCCACAUGUCCAACCACAACCGGCGCAGUACCCUCCUCCGCCAUAUCAACCUGUGAACAAUGGACAGAAUUUUCAACAUUCCGUACACUUUGCGCCGACGCUUGCACCUGGCGAGCGACCCAAGCCGUCUUCCCAGCCUCUGCCCUACGCCACAGACAUGCACCGACCAAAUUACCAAGUCCAUCCAGCACAGCAUUUCUCUCCAUAUCCACAUAAUCAUUACGUACCGCCAGAAUACCAACAUCAACAAACCUACUAUCCACCACCGUCUCACCAACAUCCUCGUCCCAGUCACUCGGCUAGCGACAUACGCGACCGUGGAGGGUAUUCAUCUGACCCAGAAUACCAGCGGCGCACGCACAAGAGCCGACCGAGGCGGGUAUCAGACAAUUCACGAUCCACAAAUGCAGAUGCCUUCCUCGGUGCGGCCGGUGGCGGCUUGAUUGGCGACCUCAUAUUCCCAGGUCUGGGCACGAUAGGAGGAGCCUUGGCUGGAUGGGUAGGUGGCAAGGACUAUGGCAAGCAUCGCAAGUUGCGAGAAGAGAAGCUGGACCGAGAACAAGAGAGAUGGGAGAAGAAGUUUAGAAAUCGUGGCCGUGACCAGGACCGAGAACGGUCAAGUCACGGCGAUGGCAGACGGCGCAGAAGUUAUGAAUGA